AAAGUCAGCAGCCCCUCUUGAAAACCCCUCAGGGAGGGAACAUGAUACCCACACACAAUCAGCAACCCCCAACCCCAGGCCUCCUGGGCAACCCACCCCCAUUGCUACGGCAACCUCUCCAGGGAGUGGUUCAACAACCAUCUUUGCUACAGGGAAACACUCAGGCAAUGCAGAAUCUAGCCGCUGAUAAAAAUGAAGACAAUAUAGAUGAAGACAAAGAUAUUGAAAUAGUUGCAUCUACUGACAUGGAUGUUGGGCAAAAAGGGAUAUCUUCUGAACCAGAAGAGCGUUCUUCCUCCCCAGAGUCUCAAUUACGUGGACUUUCAUCUGAAUUAAUGCUCAGAAUGGGUCCUGUCCCACCCCAUGGACCCUCAAAACGCACAUGGCUCAGAAAAUUGCGGCGCGUAAGGAAAAAGUUCAACACAUCGGGGACAAAAUCUUCUAAACAGUCUGUUCAAUCCCCUCAAACCAAAUCCAAUGAUUCACGAUUUUCAAAGAGCCUCAAAGCUAGGCAUACAAAUCCUAUCCCAGUGGGUCAUACCAGGGCUGAAGCCACAAGCAAUGGCAAGAUCAAGCACAUAAAGCAAGACCAACACAAAUUGGGAGCUAUACCUAAUAAAAGGCCAUCUCAAUCCAUCCGACCCUCAUCCAGUGAUUCUCACUCGACCAAGAGGUUCAAAACUGUGCCAUUGGACUCGAAAACUCGAAGUAGAGCUGAACUCAUAAACGGUGGCAAGACAGAGCACAAAAAGCAACCCCAAGAUAAGCAUGGAUCAAUGUCUAAUAAAAAGCCACCUCAGUCCAGCCAAAAUACGUCUGGGGAUUCUCACUCUAAAAAGAGGUCUACAGCUAAGCGUUUGGACUCUGUUAAUAAAACUCAAGGCAGAUCUGAUCCUAAAUACUUUGGUGAGACAGUACGCAGAAAUCAAGGGCAAGAUAGAGAUGGGGCAAUAUCUAAUAAAAAGCCACCUCAGUCCAGCCAAAGUAUGUCUGGGGAUUCUCACUCGACAAAGAGGUCCACAGCUGAGCGUUUGGACUCUGUCCAUAAGACUCAAGGCAGGCCUGAUCCUAAAUACUUUGGCGAGACAAUACACAGAAAUCAAGGGCAAGAUAGAGAUGGGGCAAUAUCUAAUAAAAAGUCACCUCAAUUUAGCCAAAGUAUGUCUGGGGAUUCUCACUUGACGAAAAGGUCCACAGCUGAGCGUUCAGUAUCUAUCCCAAUAACAUGGGCUGAGACUGAAGCCACAGGCAGUUCCCAAAUAGGGAUUUCUUUGUCUAAAACUGUAGGUCCAUCCAAACAGUCAUCCCUUACUGACAAGGUUAUGGGGAUCCACCAAAUUUCGGAAGAUUCAUUUGAAGAGAAUAUACAGAUUGAGACAUCUAGAUUACCAGUCAUUCCCCAUGCAUAUUCUUCAUCUCCAUCAUCAACAACAACUUCAUCAAAGCUUCUACCUACCCCCAUUGAAGGAAAGGAUAAUACCUGGUUUACUAGCCUAAAAAAGGGCUUGGAAACCCCCACUCAAUUGUCAAGUUCAUUUAAAGGGCAUAAACCCAUCACCACAUCCCAUUUACCUUUCAUGUCUGGGUUUGAUUCACAUUUUCAUCCAGACAUGAUUGGCUGGUUUAGUGGGAAGAGACCCACCCCUACCAUUGACCCAGAGCACUCUAUACAGUUAGUGGGAGGGAUCUUAAACUUCAGUGAUCCUGAGUAUUACAAGGACCUUAAUUUCAUGGAAAAGGUCUUGGAUGAACUACCAGAGAAAGGCACUUGGCGGUUUGCAGUUGGUGUCCACCCCAAAUUUGCCAGUGAAUUCACUGAGGAGCAUUUUGAUAGUAUGAUGUGCCACAUCAAUCAUCCUUUAGUGAUGGGUGUGAGUGAGAUAGGACUUGAUUUCACUGUGCCUCCAGAACGAUGGCCAGAUCAAGAAGCUCUCCUAAUCCGUGUUCUCAGUGUAGGCUUGUGUGGAAUGGUGCUCAUUCUCCACUUGCGGGGUACCACUGAGGAUUUGGAAGGUAGGGCGGUGCACAACAUGGCUCGCUGUCUCCUCCAGAAACAUUGUCACAAGAUGCAACGGAUGCAUCUGCAAUCCUUUAGUAGCGACAUGUCCCAAGUGCAAAGCUGGAUUAGAAGCUUUCCACAUUGUUAUUUUGGCAUCACUGGCUUGGCCCAGUACUUCACCCCAGAGCAAGAGGAGGCAGUGAAGGCGAUUCCUCAAGACCGUCUGCUACUAGAGACAGACUCCCCUCAUUUCGCUCCCCACCCAGAAUUGGAUGCAAAUUAUCCAGCUUUCCUGGGAGAUGUGGGUGCAAUAGUUGCUGGUCUACGUGAAAUCCCCCUGCCAACUUUAAUGUCAUUGACUCUGACAAAUGCAAGACGACUUUAUGUGAGCAGAUAGACUGAUAUCACCAAUGGGAUGAGACUACUAGUAUAUUUUUAAGUACUCUAAAGACCAUGGGAGUUGGGUAACGGGGUUAUCUACACUGAAUUAAAGUUGUUUUAAAUAAUAUGAAUCAUAGGCAUUUAUGUGGCACCAUCUAUCUAGAAAUCCUCUAUUCUGAGGCACAUUUUCAUUAGUGUUUUUAGUAAAAGCAGAAUAAUGAGAGAAACGUCUUUAUGAAAGUAAGGUUAUAUGUAUCAGUGAUGAGCUCUCAACUUUUAUUUUUUGAUGUCUCAUUCAAGCUUUUCUUCUCCAUAAGCCAUGUAAAAUAAAAUCCAUUAAAUGCCAUUUUCUAAUAUAGAAUGUUGAAAAUGAUUUGUAUGUAAAUCAGACAUGCUUCUAUUAGAUGAUCAAUCAUCAAGAAUAAUAAAAAAAGGAGCAAUUAAUAGAAAUUUUGUUAUAUUACAUUUGGAGCUGCUUACAGUGAAAUCACAUUUUGGUGACAAUUUAAAAAUUAGAAAUCUGUUUUCGUAGAUUGCUUUUGUGCCAAAACUUUUUUAUGAUGAUGAUAUUUUUAUUCAAACCAGCUCAAUAGUAUACAUGUAGGAAAGAUGUCCCCCUUUGAUAUCUCUUGGUGAAAAACCUAUAAAGAACAUACCAUUGCGCACGUACAUGUACCGUCCAAAAUGUAUUGUUGAGUUGUUGUAGUGAUCGCAAUAUGAUUCAAUUCAUUGCGCUUAAUGCAGACUUGUGCAAUCCACAUGGGGCCUACCGGCAAAUUGCGCACUGUUGCUUCACAUGUGAUGCACGGUUGAACCUCGGAAAGAUCUUGUAUUUUGCUUUCAAUAUAUAAUGGAUAAAUGUAUGAAAAAAGUAUUGUUCCUAUUUCCGCUAACUUCCAAGGUUUUGUACAUGACAAAUAAAAAGGCAAUGUUGAUUUAAUACCUUGCAUUAGGGCAUGAGUUCUUUGCCAGUUAUUGAACCCCAUAUUGUGCCAAGGCAGGCACCUAAUAUGCUUUUCACAUUGCAUUUCCUUAACCCCAUACUAUCCUUAACCCCGGACUAUCCUUAACCCCAUACUAUCUUUUUUUGGAUUCAAACCGUCUUUCUUAACCCCAGUCGGAUGGCAGGUCCCAAGAAAGUGGCUUCUUUCAUCCAAGUGAUAUUCAUGACUUGAGAUGUUUUGCAUAUUUAAUGAGCUUGAUAUGGACCAAAACACCUCUUUUCAUUCGGUCAUUGCUGCUCUAAGUGUGCAUCGAAUUUCAUGAUUUUGGUAUCAUUGUAAAGAAGAAGAAUCAUUCUUUCAGGUCAUGUGUUUGAAUUUAUUCAAAGAUUUAGUAAUAUAGGUUAAAAUUUUGAUCUAAAAUAUGCUACAAAAUAAUUAUUUUCACCUGACAAAAGCUGCUAUUCUCACACUUUAUUUUUGUUUGAGCCCAAAUGAUUUUAGAUCAUGAUAAAGCUGAAUAUGUAUGCUUUAAAAUAGUAUAGGUUUCAAAAUAAGAAUUGGUUUAAUCGGGUCAAGAUCACACUUUUCAUUGGCCAAGUACAUAAAGCAGCUUGAAAACAAGAAUACUGCACUCUGAUUGGUCAAAGAGACCACACACUGGCAAAUUCCAACGGUUCCAGUGCCUGGGUUCAUGGGAAGGUCACACUUCCCAUGUGGUAAUCUCCUCAAAUUACCUGUGCCUGUUGUUCUGUGAACCUUAUCCAGCCAAUCAGAACUCUGGAUUUCAUGCAAGUACAAAAUUUCAGAAAUCUCGUCUUGUACCUUGGUGGGAAAAGUGUGAUCUUGACCCGAUUAAAAUGUGCCGCAUAUCAAGAGUGGCAUUGUGAGAAAGUACAGAAGUUCAGCUUUGUGGUGAUAUAUAUAUAUAAUUGAGGCUCAAAAUAAAAAGUUUUGCACAAUUUGCAAAAGAAAACAGGAAGAAAAGUCAGUUUUGUGGCACACUUUCAGGCCAGAAAAUAACUUAUUUAUCAAAAUAUUGUAUAC